AUGCGCGGAAGUGGGGCCCUCGCAUCGACGGUGUUCGUUGCCGUUGUAUUGUCGCUGCUCAUCUUCGUCGACCAGGCGGCGGGCAGGGGAGGCCGUCGAGGAGGAAAAGGCAAGGGCAAGAGCAAUCUGCAUUUCUCGCAAGUCGCCGAAUUUUCGUUAAUUCAGAUGCAAUUGACGGACAAUAGGAGCGCGCAAAUCAUCACCGGGUCGCACUUCAGUCAAACGUUUCGACUUGGCUAUAAGCAGGUGCUGAUCUGCAAGGCAAAAGGCGAUCCACGGCCAACCAUAAAAUGGUAUAAGGAGGGCGCCGAAAUCCACUUACGGCCAAAUAUACAUUUCUACGAAAAACCGCUGCCGGAUAAUGUUAUGUGGAGCAAAUUAGAAAUUGAUCCGGCCACGAUGGGUGAUCAGGGAAUCUAUGCGUGUGUCGCCAACAAUAAAUGGGGAGUGAUGGCCAAAAAUUUCAAGGCAGAUUAUACCUAU